AUGCCAGAUCGCUUGGACGAUGUCGAAGGUUUCAUGGGAAUGGAAGAGGUUGAGGGCGUUGAGAUCUUUCGAAAAAGUGACGGCAGUUUUGAGUACAAGGUUACAAACGAGUCGGAGAAAAAUUCGAAGAAGAAAACUGCAGGAAUGCCCGCAAACUCAACAGAAGAAGAGGAAUGGAAAGGAAUUGUUGAGGUCGGUGGACAUGUGAAAGAAAAAGUAAAGCUCAAGAAGCCGAAGGGGAAAAAAAAGAUUGUCAAGGAAAUCGCAAAGAACGAGGAUUCAGUGGGAAAUGCGUUUGCAGUGUUAUCCGAUGAUGAUGAAGAUGUAUCUUUACCAGCGUGGGACCCGCUAAACCUCUCAUUACCCGUUCUUCGGGCUCUAUCUCAAAUGUCAUUUACAUCGCCGACCCCCAUACAGUCGGCUGCUAUACCAGAAAUCGCCAAUGGCCGCGAUUUUAUUGGGAAAGCCAGUACUGGAUCUGGAAAGACCUUGGCCUUUGGAAUCCCAAUCAUGGAGUAUUACUUAAAAAAAUACGGUCACGAAAUUGACGGAGAAGUUGAGAAACCGGAGGGGUUACCUAUAGCCUUAGUUCUUUCACCCACAAGAGAGUUAGCGUAUCAGCUUCAUUCUCAUCUAACUUCUCUUGCCGCCUUCAUUCCUGAAAUUAGGAUUGUUUCUGUGACCGGAGGCCUGUCUAUACAGAAGCAGUUAAGGCAACUAACUGAAAAUGGAGGUGCCGAUGUGAUUGUCGCUACGCCGGGCAGGUUAUGGGAGGUUAUCAGCGAAGGUCAGGGUUGGAUUGAGAAGUUGAGAAAAGGCCUGAAAUUUUUGGUUGUGGACGAGGCAGAUAGAUUACUACAGGAGGGCCAUUACAAAGAAGUGAUUGAAGUUCUUCAUUUGCUUGCUAAACGCACUGAAAAUCCUGAUGAAGGAGAGAGAGACGAGGCAGGCAGUGAUAUAGAAUCAUCGGACGAAAAGUCGGUCAAGUCUAACAAUAAAAGCAAGACCGGGGAGAUUGAGAAGGUUGAACGACAGACAUUGGUAUUCUCUGCGACUUUUCAUAGGGGAUUACAGCAGAAGCUAGCUGGAAAGAGCUCUAAGAAGCCUAUAGGUGGAGAUCUAAUGGAUGAAAAAGAAAGUAUGGAAUAUCUGCUCAAAAAGCUUCAUUUCAGAGAGAAGUCGCCUAAGUUUGUGGACGUUAAUCCAACCGGUCAACUGGCCGAAAGAUUGAGUGAAGGAAUCAUAGAGUGUGGGGCGAUGGAAAAGGACCUCUACCUCUAUUUCCUACUACUCCGAUACCCUUCACGCACGUUGGUAUUUACAAACUCAAUCUCGUCUGUAAAGCGCCUUGCCCCGUUUUUGGCUAUGCUUCAGCUCCCGGCCUAUCCGCUUCAUUCUGGGAUGAUUCAAAAGGCUCGUCUCAGAUCACUUGAGCGAUUUUCCUCGUCAUCCAAUCCAAAUUCAAUUCUCAUCGCCACAGAUGUGGCCGCUCGAGGUCUUGAUAUCAAAAAUGUGGAUAUGAUAAUCCACUAUCACCUGCCCCGUACUGCGGACAUGUACGUUCACCGGUCAGGAAGAACAGCAAGAGGCAUCAAUGCUAGAGGUGUCAGUGUACUUUUGUGUUCCCCCGACGAAGUUUUGAGUGUGAGAAGACUUGUCGGGAAGGUUCAUGAAAGCGAUCCAACUGUCAAGAGUACCGGGCGUUACCUCAUGAAGGGAUUUAACGUCGAUCGCAAGCUCGUAAACCGACUAAAACCACGGAUUGAUCUCGCAAAAAAGAUCGCCGAUAGCAGCAUUGAGAAGCAGAAGAAGGGCCAUGAAGAUGAGUGGCUGAAGACGGCAGCCCAGGAAUUAGGUGUUGAUUAUGAUAGUGAUGAGUUCAGUAAAAACGGCAACGCAAGAAGAGGUCGUCAGGGAAGUAAAAUAAAGAAGGACAAGGCAGCUAGUGCAACGAAAGGAGACCUUACCUCGUGGAAAGCCCAACUGAACGAGCUUCUGAAACACAAGGUCAAUAGUGGGUUUUCUGAACUUUAUCUGACUAGCGGAACUGUAAAUUUGGCGCACUCCCUGUUUCAAGCCCAACUUGAGGGUAAAUCGCGCGACGGGUUCUUGGGCUUAGAAGAGCGAUCUGCAUUAGAAGAGGUUGGUGGUUAG